AUGUAUCGGAAGUUGUCUAAGUUAGAACACUCGGAAAUAAAACAACUUCUUACAGAAGCUAAUAUAGAUGUUGCAAAACAUUACGCGACAAACAAAAAAGCACUCGCUGACUUCAUUAAAGACUACAAUGGUGCAAUAAGUUAUGAUAGAAUUCAUGAGUUCAUAAAGCCGCAACGCGGCGAGGACGAAGUCCAUGCAAGAGCAUUUCCUUUAAAUGACAUUGCUAUUGACUUAUAUCAUAGACGUUCAGUACCUCAUGAAGUAAGAAGAGAAAUGUUUGACAUAACAAAUGCGAACGUUGGUCAUACUCGUAAAGCUCUUUCGCAUGAUGUUCGUCAAGAAAUGUUUGACAUAACAAAUGCAAACGUUGGUGAAACAAGAAGAAGAGACGACACACUGAAACAACAGAGAAGAGAGAUGUUUAAAAGUGCUAUAGAACAAGUUCGCAAAGCUAACGAUGUCAUUCGUUCCAUUGACGACAAACCAAAAGAAGGUGAGAGAUGGUUAAAGAAAGAUGAAGAGAAUAGGAAGAGAAAUGUGAAGUCAGGCAAUAGACUCAUUGACUUUAACAUCGAAGCUUUAGAUGAACCAAACAGAGAAUAUUUACACAAACAUUUCGGUAAGGUUUUCAUGAGACUCUUAGAGAAAAUUAAAAUAAACUCGCAACAAAGAUGGAUGGUAUGUUAUAAACUUGGUGGAAAGUAUGAAUGUUCUACGUUAAACCUCAAUAAUAUUGGAACAUUACUACAUCAGCUCUUGAAGGAGAACUUUAUAUCAGAGAUAGAAGCAAAUGCUGCAGGUAUUGUUGAAAUGCACUAUGACUUCUUCUUGACAAACAUAAAGAAUCUUACUGAAAUAAAGAUGUAUGAUUUAACAGAAUAUGAAGGCUUAACGAUGUCAGAUGUAAAGAAAGGCAAACCAAAAAAGAGACCAUAUAGAGAUGAAAGCACACUGACAAAUGACCAGAAAGCCAUUUUGGAAGCUCUUAAGCAAACAGGAAACCCAGCACUUAUAGAAAGCUUUUGGAAAGAUAAUGGUGAAAAGAAGUUUUAUAAGAAGAGAAGCGGUCAGUUAUGGAAGUAUCUUUGCACAUUACCUAUAA